AUGGGGUGGACCAGAGGCCAUGUUCUUGGCCAUGGGUCAUCGGCCACCGUGUCCACUGCCACCACCGCGACUGGAGAAACUUUCGCAGUCAAAUCCGUUGUUGUAUCAAAGUCAGAAACUUUGCAAAGAGAGCAACAGUUUUUAUCCAUUUUGAGUAGUCCUUAUGUAGUAAGUUACACAGGGUGUGACAUUACUAAAGAAAACAAAAAAAUGAUAUAUAAUUUACUAAUGGAGUACAUGCCAGGAGGUACCGUUAUUGAUGUAAUACAAGCGCGGAAUUAUGGGAGUUUAAAUGAGUUAGAAAUAGCAAACUACACAAGGCAAAUUAUUCAAGGGCUAGAGUACAUUCAUUCAUUUGGCAUAGUGCAUUGUGAUAUCAAAGGCGCGAAUAUAUUAGUUAACAAAAAUGGUGUGAAGAUAGCGGAUUUUGGUUGUGCUAAAUGGGCUAAUGAAGAUGUGCCAUUUCGUGGCACGCCUAUGUUCAUGGCUCCGGAAGUAGCACGAGGCGAGUCACAAGGGUUUAAAGCCGAUAUAUGGGCACUUGGAUGCGUAAUUAUUGAAAUGGCAAUAGGCAAUUCACCAUGGUCUAAUGUAAAUAGUCCUAUAUCAGUUCUUUACAAGAUUGGUUUUUCAGGUGAAUCCCCGGAUAUCCCAGAUGGGUUUUCACCAAAAGCCAAAGAUUUUAUCAAAAAAUGUCUAAUUCAAGACCCAGAAGCUCGGUGGAGUGCCACCGCGCUUCUAAAACACCCGUUUCUUGAACAAUUUGAUCAUGAUCAAGAUCAAAACUUUUUGACAUGUUCACCAACAAGCAUACUUGAUCAAGAUGUUUGGGGUUCAAUUCAACAAUCAGCAUUAGUGGGUAGUGAUUAUAAUCAAGAAACAUGUACAUCAAACUCUUUGAGGCAAAGGGUCGAACAGUUGGCAGGCAACCCAGAAAAAGGAAAGUUUAGAAGUGGGGCUGAAAAAGAGAUUGAUUGGAUGACAAUCAGAAGUAGUUGUAAUGGGGCGGUGACAGGUGGUGAUGAAUGGUGGUAGUAAAUUUGUGCAUAAAAUCAUUGGAUUUAGAAGAAGUGUUUUAGAAGUAGGCAAAGAGGAGGAUAGUAAAAGUGUUAUUUAAUCCAUUUCA